UCACAGUCUUGUGUCUGCAGAGAGGAGAAAGGCUGAAAAUCAUUUUCAGCAAAAUGUUGAACACAAUGACGGCUCCAGUAUUUGUUUUGUGUCUGAUAUGUCUAUUCUUAGGAAGAACGGGUCAAGCACAGUUAAGUGACAUCUCCCAGCCUGAUUCUUUCAAAGCAGUGGAGCUAGGAGACACAGUUACUAUUACAUGUCACAUUCAUAGUCCUGCAAGGCACAUAAUGUGGUACAAGCUGACCACUGGGAAGAGACUACAGCCCAUAUCUGUUGAGCCAGUGGCCACAACAGAUAGGUUUUAUAAUCUGACAACAUUUAAUAAGGAACCUCACCGUUAUUCAGUAAAAUAUGGCAAAAACAACAAUCACCUGAGUAUAUCUGCAACAACAGGGGAAGACGUUGGAACGUAUUACUGUGGGCUGUUGAACGUAAAGGACAUUCAGUUUGGAUCAGGAACCUUUCUAAUGGUCAAAGGUCUAAAGAUGAUCAGUGAUUCUAUCGUCCAGCAGCCAGAGUCUACAUCUGUCCAGCCAGGAGACUCUGUGACUCUCAGCUGUUCUGUUCACACUGGUCAUUGUGCAGCAGAACACACUAGUGUCAUGUGGCUCAAACACUCUGAUCACGCUGCUCCAGAAACCAUUUACUCCUCUGGAAAUAAAAACAACACCUGUCAGAGGACUAAGAAAGACUCUGAAGAAACUACCUGUGUCUACAACCUGCUCCUGAGGAACCUCAGCUCUGAUGAUGCUGGGACCUACUACUGUGUCGUGACUUCAUAUGGACAGACACUGUUGGGAAACGGAACCAGGAUUAAUAUUUUCAAUAACAUGGAUUUUGGCUGUGUGGUGAAUCACAACAGUGGAGGUCUGGCUCUCAUCACUAUACCGGGUGUUUUACUAGCUUUCUUAAUAUAUGUGAUUAUUAAAACAGCCACCUGCUGCCAUACAGAGUCUAGUGCAGGAUUAUCAACUCCCCCCACAACCAACGUUGAUGCAUCUGCUGUCCAACACGCUGCUCUAAAGGAGGACAGAUCAGAAAGAGAGAGAGACGACACCUGGAGUGAAUCCAAUCACGUUCUACAAGGUGAGGGCGAUGAACCAAUCAGAGCUGACACACACAGCGGAAUGUAGGACAAGUUGGUGUUGGUGAGUCUGUGAAGUCUGCUCCUGCUUCAGUCAGAAAGAAGUGCUGCGGUGAAGAAGCAGGACCAGAGAAUCAGACAAGACGAUGCUGUACUUAAAUGAUACCCUGCUCUGCCCUCCGUAUGACAUGGGUUUAGUGUACCUGCCAUAUGGAGGUCUGCUUAUCAUCAUCACCCAGGGUGUUUCACUGGCUCUCUUUUUGUUAUUCUUAUUAAUAAUCAUUAAAAGACCCAACUGCUGCUGUACAGAGUCUGUUCCAGGACUUUCAGCUUCCCCCACUAACAAUGUACAGGGCUGCCGAGAUGGAGAUAAUAUCCGACACUGCACUAAAGGAGAACAACAGAUCAGUAAGAGAGACGACACCUGGAGUGAAUGUGUGUACUUUAGUGUGAAGCAGCAGAGCUGAGCAUGUUUCCUCUUUGUCUCUGUAAAACAGGACACAGCCUUAUUAAAGUAGCUUUCAAAGUAUAAUUAGGCUUUUCUUUAACUGCUUAUUAUAAACAUUAUUUCAUCUGGAUAUGAUCACAGUGAAGCCUGACGCUGUAAUAAAUCAUUAAACAAGCUUUUCCAAAGACAUUAA